AUGAUUUUUGCAAAAGGAUUUUUAGAUAUCAAGGAAAUGGUGACUUUUAAAAAAUAUUUUUGGUUCAAAAUGAUUUCUGAGUGUCAUUAUAAUGAGCUCCUCUCUGUUGGUAGAAAAGUAAAAAAAACACCUAAAGUAAAGCUUCCUAUAAAAAUUCAAAAUCACAAAACAAAAAGGUAA